AUGUCCAAUUGGAUUGUGGCGCCGAAUGAAUGCUCUUCAUGCUCAGAACAAAAACUGACAUCUGCGCCAGACCGAGGCAUCAACACCUUCUCCCCUGAAGGUCGUCUCUUCCAGGUCGAAUACUCUCUCGAGGCCAUCAAGCUCGGCUCCACGGCCAUCGGCGUAGCCACAUCCGAGGGUGUCAUCCUCGGCGUCGAGAAGCGAGUCACCUCGACCCUCCUCGAGACCUCCUCCGUCGAGAAGAUCGUCGAGAUCGACCGCCACAUCGGCUGCGCCAUGUCAGGUCUCCAGGCCGAUGCCCGCUCCAUGGUCGAGCACGCCCGUGUCGAGAGCCAGUCCCACGCCUUCAACUACAACGAGCCCCUCCGUGUCGAGAGCUGCACCCAGGCCAUCUGCGAUCUUGCCCUGCGCUUCGGUGAGGGUGCUGAUGGUGAGGAGACUAUCAUGAGUCGCCCCUUUGGCGUGGCUCUGCUCAUCGCUGGCUUUGACGAGGAUGGUCCUCAACUGUUCCACGCUGAGCCCAGUGGUACCUUUUACCGCUACGACGCCAAGGCUAUUGGCUCCGGUUCCGAAGGCGCUCAGGCUGAGCUACAGAACGAAUACCACAAGUCUUUGACGCUCACAGACGCAGAGACCCUUGUUCUCAAGACGUUGAAGCAGGUCAUGGAGGAGAAGCUCGAUGCCAAGAACGUGCAGUUGGCCAGCGUGACCAAAGAGAAGGGCUUCAGAAUAUACACAGAUGAGGAGAUGGCCACAGUCGUGGAGCGACUGCCGGCCAACUAA